AUCUCAUUUUAUAAGGCUACUCGUAACUUAAUCCACCAGAAUUCAGAAUCUUGUGAUAAGUGCAGGUAAAGUGACGGGUAUAGAAGUUUACUUUGGUUUGCAAAUAAAAUGAGUAUGCAGUCACCUGAAAACAAAGAAAAUACACAAUUUAUUCCUCCGCCUACUCCACUGCUUAAGAAAAUAGGAUUUGGCACAGGCGUUUCUGUAUAUCACCUCGAUCGUUCUCCUUGUAACCACACACUCCGAUCUCCUUGGGCACUGAAAACCGUAAACCGCCAGCACACUGCAUCUCACUUCCAGGAGCGGUUGGAAGCAGAAGCAAAAAUCCUGCAAGAGCUGAAUCACCCUAAUAUUGUCGGUUUUAGAGGUUUCACAAAGACUCAAGAUGGAAGAAAGGUACUUGCAAUGGAGGAAUGUAAUGAAUCUCUUGGUGAUCUGAUUGAAAGGUUGUCAGACAAAGGGGGA